AUGGCAGGAAUUUUCACUCCAACGAACCAGAAAAGAUUGACAAACGUGGCUGUUGUGAGAUUAAAGAAGGGUGGAAAACGUUUCGAAAUCGCAUGCUACCCCAACAAAGUGACGUCAUGGAGAAGUAAAGUAGAAACCGAUAUAAAUGAAGUUUUACAAACAAACAUGGUUUUCAUGAAUGUAUCAAAAGGGCAGAUGGCAAAGUCAGAUGAUCUAAAAGCUGCAUUUGGCACAGAUGACCAAAAAGAAAUUUGCUUACAGAUCUUGUCAAAAGGUGAGUUACAAGUUUCAGAAAAAGAGAGGAGUGCCAACAUAGAAUCAUCCUUCAGAGACAUAGCAACAGUAGUGGCUGACAAAUGCAUCAAUCCAGACACGAACAGACCUUACCCUGUUACUCUCAUAGAAAGAACAUUGAAAGACAUUCACUUUUCUGUCAAACCCAACAAAAACUCUAAACAACAAGCAUUAGAAGCAAUCAAGCUGCUCAUGGCUUCAGGAAAUAUAAAAAUUCAAAGAGCUCAAAUGAGGCUAAAAGUCCAUGUCCCAGCUAAAGAUGGUAAGAAAGUUAGAGAGAAGAUAAGAAAGUUGGCUUCAAAAAUUGAAGAGGAUGCAUUCGAUGAUGAUCUCCACAUGGUCUUCCUCGUCGAUCCCGGAGCGUUUCGUGAAGUUAGUAACGUCGUUUCAACUGACUCCAAAGGCAAGGGUUCUGUGGAAGUUGUCAAUCUGAAGACUGUGAAAGAUGACGAGGAAAAGAUUGAAUGA